AUGGCUAAAUUAAAUUUGUUUGUACUGUGUGUCUUAGCUGCGUGGUGCGGCUAUGUAUCGGCUAAGGAAAAGGUGGUCAUGUGUUACUAUGGGACUUGGGCAACCUACAGGAACGGUGACGGUCAAUUCAACGUCGAUCACAUCAAUACCGAUCUGUGUACACACCUCAUUUACACAUUCGUUGGAAUAAAUGACCAAGGAACGGUUAUUUCUUUGGACCCCUGGCUGGACUUACCGGAUAAUUGGGGAAGAGAUAACUUCAGAAAAUUCAAUGCCCUAAAACAACAGAAACCUAGCCUCAAAACGUUAUUGGCUGUCGGAGGGUACAACGAAGGAUCAGCCAAGUAUUCGAGAAUGGCCGCGAAUCCCACACUGCGUCAGAAUUUCAUUACGAGCGCGACCAAAAUGCUCCUGACAUACGGUUUCGAUGGGUUCGACUUAGAUUGGGAGUAUCCCAAUCGUCGUGACACCGUCUACGGGAGAGCUGACAUCGACAACUUCACCACUCUGACGAAGGAGUUGAGAGCAGAGUUUGACAAGCACGGUCUGCUGUUGAGUGCCGCCGUCGCUGCUGUGGGAAGCGUUGCUGUGUUGUCCUACGAUGUACCAGCUUUUACACAGUAUGUAGAUUAUGUAAAUCUAAUGACAUACGAUUUGUAUGGUGCAUGGGAUUCAGUGACGGGACAUAAUGCUGGUCUUCACAAAGGUCUCGGAGAUGAAAAUGUUGCCAAAGGAAACGUCUUCAGCGUCGAUCUAGCUCUGGAGUGGUGGCUUCAACAAGGAUGUCCAGCAGACAAGUUGGUGCUGGGUGUACCGCUCUACGGCCGCACAUUCCGGCUGACCAACGCUAACAACAACGGAGUCCGCGCACCAGCCAGCGGUGCUGGUAUUGCAGGCACCUGGACCGCCACCAGUGGAUUCCUUGGAUAUAAUGAGUUCUGUCUGAAGCUCAAAACAGAAAAUUGGGACGUGCGUUACGAUCACUUGGCCAAGGUUCCGUAUGCCGUUCAAGGAAACAAUUGGGUUUCUUACGACGAUCCAGCUUCUAUAGCGGCUAAGAUACAACACGCCUUACAAUACAACAUAGCUGGUGCCAUGGUGUGGAGCAUAGAGACUGAUGACUUCCGUGGAAAAUGCGCUGGAGAUUUCCCCUUGCUAAGAGCCGUCAACGAAGCGUUAGGGAAGUAUUCUGGGAAUAAUAACCCUGCUCCCACUACAACAACGACUACUACUCCUCGACCAGCGGCUACUACAACUACAACAACUCCUCGACCAGCGGUCACUACAACUACAACAACUCCUCGACCAGCGGUCACUUCAACUACAACUACUCCUCGACCAGCGGCUACUACAACUACAACUACUCCUCGACCAGCGGCUACUACAACUACAACAACUCCUCGACCAGCGGUUACUACAACUCCCACUGUACCAUCGACGUCGGUUUGCAAACAAGCAGGACACAACCCUAAUCCCGAUGACUGUCACAGUUACUACGUGUGUGUUCAUGGCGGAUCCGGAAAGUUUAUAGCGCACCUUAUGCGUUGUCCCGCAAAUCUUCAUUGGGAUCAACAAAAUGUACUAUGCAACUAUGCUGAUAUCGCCAAAUGUAAAGUUUAAUUGCACCGAUUUUGAUUUUAAUAAAUUUUCGUAGUAUUGUCGUUCAUUUAAAUGCAUUUUGGCAGGGAUCAACAAAAUUCACUAUGUAAUAUGCAAUUUUGCUAGUUGUAAAAUUUUUGCGAUUUUGAUUAAAAGUAUUGUCAUUUAUUUUGAUAGGAAUCAACAAAAUGUAUUAUGUACUUCGACAAUUGAAAAAUUUUAUUGCAAUGAUUUUGAUUAAAAAUAUUGUCAUUCAUUUUAAUAAGGAUUUUGAUAGGGAUCAACAAAAUGUACCUACCUACUAUGCAAGUAGGUAGGUACAUUUUGUUCCAAUCCUUCGCCAAUUGUAAAA